CACAGCUGAAUCGAAAGAAAACUAGUUACUGAACUCGUCUUUCCACCUCUAGACAAACAAUCUCAGUAUGGAAAUUAAGGGCAGAUCUCACAACCUGAUGUAACUUGCUCAGUGAAGCUCAUUCAGUUCAUGUUUUUCCUUUCGAUUUAGGUGCGGCUAAAGUUUUUGCUGUGCUCUUCAAGACUACGCCAAAAACGGUCCGAAUUCACAUAAUUUUUAUCUGCAAUGAACUUCCUAAAUUUCUUCAUCUUCGUACCUUUGGUUCAUUCAGCGUCACACACCUUCAUGACUACAUACACUGAAACACAUGGACAGGGAGGGAUCUCCGAGAUUUCUGCUGUAUCUACUCUGGAUGGACGAGAGAUUGAUUAUUAUGACAGUCAGGUGAAAAAGCUGAUUCCCAAACAGGACUGGAUGCAGGUAUUUGCUUCCUCAGAAUCAUGGAAAAACUUCACUAAUAUGAGAGAACGAGUCCAAGAGACCAACAAACUCAACCUUCGCUUUCUAAUGGAACAGUUCCAUCAUUUGCAUGAUGUUCAUACCUAUAAACGAAUAUAUGGAUGUGAUUGGGAUGAUCGGACUGGACACUCAAACUGGUUUGAUCAACACACUUAUGAUGGAGAGGAUUUUAUCUCACUGGAUGUGGAGAACAACAGAUACCACGCGUCUGUACCACAGGCUUUUAACACAAUGAACAGCUGGAACGAGAACAGACAUAAGCUUGCCUAUCUAAGAAAAUACUAUAAAGAUGAGUGUGUUGGCUGGGUCCUGUAUUUACAGACAAGAGGACCUAAAGAAACAUCCUUCUCAAGGCUUAUGCAUGUGAUAUACGUAUUAAUAGCCAUCGUCAUAAUCCUAGCAGUCCUGAAUACUGGUACUAAAGUCCUGGCUUGCAAAAUUUCAGAAAUCUGUAUGGGGUUUCUAACAGUUUCUCUCAUUGUUUGUUCAGCGGAGCAUAGCUUCAGAACACUUUACUCUGAAAUGAAUUUACCAGAUUUCCCAGAGAUUUCUUCUUUAACUACUCUGGACGGACAACAUAUUGAUUAUUAUGACAGCGAGAUAAAGAAGCUGAUUCCCAGACAGGACUGGAUGAAGGAGUUUAUAUCUGGAGACAGAUUCGUAGAAUACACUGAGAUCAGAGAACACGUCCAGCAGACCAACAAAGUCAACCUUACUGUCCUAAUGGAGAUAUUCAAUCAGUCACAUGGAGUUCACACGUAUCAGAGGAUGUAUGGAUGUGGCUGGGAUGAUCAGACGGGAAAAUCAUAUGGGUUUGAUUAUCACGGUUAUGAUGGAGAGGAUUUCGUCUCGCUAGACCUAACAAAGCUCCUAUACAUCACAGUUGUACCAGAGGGGUUAAUAACUAUCGACAAGUGGAAUAAUGACAGAGUCCAGCUUGAAUUUCUAUGGCAAUUCUACCAGCAUAAGUGUGUUAGCUGGUUGAAAUAUUUCUUGAAGUUGAGGGAAGCAGAUUUAGAGAUAAGAGCUCCUCAGGUGUCUCUGUUACAGAAGAAUCCUUCUUCUCCAGUACUGUGUCAAGCCACAGGUUUCUACCCAGCAGCAAUGACUUUCAGCUGGUUGAGAAACGGACAGGAUGUGGAUGAGGAUGUGGAUCUCGGAGAGCUACUACCAAAUGAAGAUGGGACCUUCCAGCAGACAUCUGCUCUCCGUCUUCUGCCAGAUGAGUCUGAGAAGAACCAGUAUUUCUGUGUGGUGGAGCACCAGACGAAGACCAUCAGGAAGAUUCUGAGCCAGAACGAGAUCAAGAGUAACAUCAACAACUGGUACACCCGGUACUUAUGUGUGGUUGAUCACAAGGUAAAAGACCAUCCAGAAGAUUCCGACUGAGAUCAAGAGAACAAACAGUAUGUUUUUUAUAGUGC